UGUUUGUUUCUCUCGACAAGUUGCUCAUAUUCUGGGCGCACUCUGAUUCGAGGACUCUCUCUCUCUCUGUGUGGGGGGUGGGUCCAUUUGAAUAAAUGCCGACUUUGUCAUUGUGUGAUGGAGAGUUAAGAAGAGUGAGCUUAGAAAAGGAAUACACUUUCUCUUGCCCAUUUUUGCUGGUCUCCCUGAAACAUAGAAAGUUUUUUCUCUCUUUGCUCAUUGUUUAUGAUUAUACUGUGGUGUUCUUGAAAAUUCAAAAGCCUUUUUUCUUCUUUUUUUUUUAAUCUUAUUUGAUUUCUGCAAACUUGUGGUUGGUUCUUGCAGGAUUUUGGUGGUAGGCUUAUGAAAUCAACCCACAUCUUCAAUGGACUGCAACAUGACAUCUCCGUUGUGGGACUGGGAUCAUUUCCUCAUGUCCAACCCCUCAAAGCCUGAAAAUGACAAAAGACGGCCAUCUUCUGAGUGGGGAAUUGAGAAAGGUGAAGGAAUUGAAUCUAUAUUUCCCUCUUUCGAGAGAGUCAGUAGUGGCGGCUCUACCACCGGCUUCUCCACCAGCUCAUCAUCUCCCAUAUUCAGACACGCCAACCUCCCAUCAGAAACUUCCCCUGGAGAUUCUUUCAGCAACAUAGACUUUGUCCAGGUGAAGACAUCCACAGCUGAAUCAGACCUUUGUUUGAAACUUGGAAAGCAGACCUACUCUGAAGACUUUUGGGGUAGAAGCAACAAUGAGGUUUCAGCCGUUUCUGUGAAGCUAUUGGCUCCUUCUGUUGUUGCUCGGAAGAAAUCCAAACCGUAUGGUCAGAGCAGCAUGCAAGUCCCUCGUUGCCAAGUUGAUGGAUGUGAACUGGAUCUCUCAUCUGCUAAGGAUUAUCACCGCAAGCAUAGAGUCUGCGAAACCCAUUCAAAGUGCCCAAAAGUUACUGUGGGUGGCCUUGAACGUCGAUUCUGCCAGCAGUGUAGCAGGCUGCAUGCCGUCUCUGAGUUUGAUGAGAAGAAACGAAGCUGCCGUAAACGUCUUUCUCAUCACAAUGCUAGGCGCCGCAAGCCACAAGGAGUGUUUCCAUUGAAUCCAGAGAGGAAUUGCAAUGGAAGACAGCAUCCAAAUAUGUUGUGGAAUGGGCUGUCCCUUAACACCGUCCCUGAUGAAAAGUAUGUAUGGAGUCCCAGUUACGAUACAAAGCCUACACAGAUGGAAAGCGGCUUUACCUUGAGCUUCCAGAGAGGCCGUGGCCCUGAGGAGCACUUGUAUGCUGGUAGCAGCCGCUCGUUCUCUACGUUUCAAACCUCUGGAGGGUUCUCUGCAGGGAGGUCCAACUCUCAACUUCCUGGCAAAGGUGUAGGUGAAUACUGAGGAGGCCUCCAUGAGUCGCAAGACUUCUACAGUGCUCUCUCUCUUCUGUCAACGUCUUCGGAUUCGCAUGGGACCAAACACAAUCCCAUGGUCGAACCACAGCCAACAACACAUGGUACUUUCCCUACUCAUUUCAUAUGAGUAAGGAAUGCAAAGUCACUCCAUUAUAUGGUCAGGUUGCAACCUAAUGGGAGUGUUUCUAUUCGAAGAAAAUAAGAAUGUGUAACGUUCAUUUGCUCAAGUGAAACCAGUUGCAUGUUUAGGUUUUGGUUUCAUCUACUUUUCCAAACCUAUGAAGUUGUCUUCUUCUUGGAUCAUGAUGUAUUGUAUGUCAACUUCUUCUUGGAUCAUGUUGUAUUGUAUGUACUUGCUGGAUUGUUGAAUGUCAAUUUCGUUACUUUA